AUGUUCGCGGCAACAGGCAUAGCCGAUGUCACGUCACUGCUCUCCAAUGUGUUCCUUCGACUGAAUCGCGAACUUGGCCUGGGCGAAGAAUUCCGUUAUUUUGUCUUAUAUUUAGCAUUUGACAGCGGUGUCAGCUUCGUUGCGCAUAUGUUUGGAAACAUGCUGCUAACAAUUAAUCGAUACACUGCUAUUUGUAUGGCGCAACAGUAUCACACGCUUUGGUCUCGAAGAAACGUGUGGAUCGUAAUAGGAGUUCAAUAUUUUGUAAGCUUUGCUUGUUCUGCAUACAUGUUGACAUCGAAAGUGGUGUAUAUUCGCAACCAAGAUGGAACAACUGUACUCAAAGGCAUGGAGGGCCACGUCGACGUGUUCAUCAGGUGCGUCUAUAUUGGAGCUGGUAUGAUUUAUGCAACUGUAGGCAUUACUCUCAAUGUUAGCAUGUUGGUUGCAUGGCAUAAAAUGUCGAAGCAGAGAGAAUUUCCAAGGAAUGGCAAUCAAGAAAAGGUGAGAGCGCUAUGA